CACACACACCUAGCGACACGCACACACACCUAUACACACAUGUGAGUCCAGAGAACGGCUGGAGAUCUGCUUCCUCCACAUGGAGAAAUCCAAAAACUUUCGCAUCGACGCCAUUCUGGCGGUGGAGCCUCCGAAAAUUCAGACUUCUCCCCUGGCGCUGGUCACCACACUGUCCACUUCAUCCUCCUCUUCAUCCUCCUCCUCUUCAUCAUCAUCCUCAGGAAGGAGAAGCGUCCCGGAGCUCCUGAACUCUUCUUCAGCCAUGGUAGGACUCCAUCCUCCGAGCAGCGCUCUGUACCACCCGCACAUGUUCUCCUACCCUCUGGGACCAUCACCCGUGCUCUCUUACCCAUACCCUCCUCUUCCUCACCACGAUGAGCCCCUUAAACUCCCCCCGGGGUCUCUGCAGCUCGACCACUGGCUGAGGAUCUCCACCGCCGGCCUCGCUCUCCCCAAACUUCAAACCGACUUCAACUCUCAGGCUCAUCAGUCCACACUGCUGGGGAAAUGUCGGAGGCCUCGCACCGCCUUCACCAGUCAGCAGCUGCUGGAGCUCGAGCAUCAGUUUAAACUCAACAAAUAUCUGUCCAGACCCAAACGCUUUGAGGUGGCCACGAGCCUCAUGCUCACCGAGACUCAGGUAAAAAUCUGGUUCCAGAACAGACGCAUGAAGUGGAAGCGCAGCAAAAAGGCGAAAGAGCAGGAAGCGGCUCAGGAAGCUGCUGAGAAACACAAAGGAGGCAAAGAGAAGGAGAAAAGAGAGCAGCCCGAUUCGGCUAAAAGCGGCAGCAGACUGAGGGGCUACAGGGACAGUGAUGACGAUGAUGACGGUGACGAUGGCGACGAAGCGGACUCGUACGUGUGCAAUUCCUCUGAGUGCUCUUCCGAGGACGAAAGGAGACAUAUGAGCCCUCGACCCUGAGACCCCGAGCCUAUCUAUCACCUCCCCUUAAAGCUGCAUGUGUGUUUUAUCCCUUUCCGCACCGUCUAGUACCUGUUUUGCGGGGACCAUUGGUGUAAAUACACGCUGGAGGCUAGAGACUGAGACGUGGACUGAAUCGGAACCCGUGCCCCGUUUGGGAAAUCUAGUGCACUAUAUAGGGUUGUGGAACAUGUUAUUUCAUAUCAAUUGAUUUUUAGUCUAUUAGGUGGACACAUGUAUGGUGCACUCUUAAAAAACAAAGGUUCUUUGUGAAGGUCUAGGGUUCUGGGAGAAAUCUCAACAUCCAUGGAACCUUUCCAAGGGUUUUACACAAGCCAUGAUCUAUGAAUGUGGUCAUUGCGAGUGUACGAGUUGAUAAUUAUUAAUAUGAUCAUUGUAAAUAUAUUUUUCUUUUAUUUAAAGGAAUCCGUUAGGGCCAUUUUCAUGAGAGGUUCUAGAAAGAAAUUCUGGAUAGAAUUCAUUGUGGUUCCCUUUUAAAAACUAUUUUCCAGAUGGUUCUUUGAGGAACCAACAAUGGUUCCACUUUGGUAUUGUUCUGAAAACCUCUUCCUGGCAGCUUUAUUGAUAAGAGUGAAGGUUCUACCUUGAGUAAAACACCCUUAGAGAUGAUCUUGUAAGGUUUUUCAAAGAAGGACCCGUCUUUUUGCUCCUGAAAGACCUUUUGAUCCAAGAUUUAACCACCAUUAUUGAAAAACAAUCAUCAAGCCAAGAUCUUUCAGAGAUCCAAAUUGGCUUCUUGGAAAAAUAUUUCAGAACAUGGGGAAUCCACAAUUUAAAAAAAACGAGCACUGAUUUUCCAAUGGCUCCAUAUUGGACAUCUCCGUGUACAGUGCAGAAGCUCCAUCCAUCGAUUUAUCAUGUUGUUGUUUUUUUUUACAUAAGCAUCCAGGAGCUACACUAUAUGGAGUAAAAAAUGUGUGGACACCUGGAUAGAAGAUUAGUAUGUCCUUUUUGAAACAUCCACUCUCCUGGGAAGAUGUUCCACAAGAUUUUGUGGAGAUUUGUGGAGAUUCAUUCAGCCAUAAGGGUGUUAGUAAAAUCAGGUGUCCAAUAGGGUUGGAGCUCUAUAGCAGGAGAUCUUCAACCCAAGGAAACCAUAUCUUCACAGGUUUGCGUCUGAAUGGAACAUUUCCUCCUUCCAAUGACAUUGAAUUGUGUGCCCCCAAAUUGCUAGGGAAGAACCUCCCAUGGCUGGAAGAGUCAGGUGUCCCAAUAUUUGACCAUAUGUAUGAAUUUUUAUCCUAUUAGGUAUACUCAUAAAGGUUCUUUGCAGGAUUAUGAGGGAAAACCAUAAAACCAUUAAGGUGCAUAUGAUAUAUUGGAAAUAGUUAUUAAGGAAAAUACCAUAGAAGGACCAUCUCUGCUUCCUGAGAAACCCUUUGAAAGGAUCUUAGUAGGAAUAAUUAGAAAAAAAUCAUUGUGCAAGAGGAAAAAAAUAGGAAUCAUAGGAAUCAGGAAUUUCAUACCUCAAUCGAGAUUUUGAUUUCACAUCUUAUAUAGUGCACCAGAAUUCGCAGAUUUUUGGGAUACAACCAAAAUAAAAUCAAUUCAUUAGUAUUCAUUUUUUAAUUACUAGUAAAGAAUUCGGAAAUAGUUACAAAGCAUGAACUUUUUUGGGGGUCAGAUUCCUACAGCUCAUUGUCGUGAGUGUAUUCAUAUUUUAUCACUAGACCCAAUCCUUUCGAAAAAUGUGUCGUGUUUGGAAGAAAAAAAAAAAAGAAUCGAUAUUCGUCAAAAUGUUGAUGUGUGGAAAUGUGUUUAUUUUUCUAUACUGUAUUUAUAAAAAAAAAAAAGAAGAAUUAAAAGAAAACGGCUUUACGGUUGCAUGUUGGAUAAAUCGAUGCAAAUAAAUCCUUCUUUUUUACAUUAAAAACAAACAAACA